GUGGGAGGGUGGCCGCAGGCAUGCACAGUCCACGUGUUGUGUGGAGCAGGGGCCAGGGACAAACCAGAAGUGCUUGAAACCCAGCCUGCUUGUGACGGGCAGAGGCUCAAGGGUGUCAGAGCAGGAAAAGAUGACCCAGCGGGUGAGCAAGCCACCCUAAUCCCACCAGCAUCAUUCCCUGCAGAAAGCCACCCUGCUCCAGACACAGCAGGAGCCGAGUCACACACAGGCGGGGAGCCAGUGCUGGGCGCUGGCUCCAGUGUGAGGUAAGGCUGGAGCCUGUGAUGCUGGUUCUAGAAUGGGGCAAGUCUGCGCGACGGGAGCUGCAGCCCACGCCCCAUUCCAACACUGGCCAUGUCUUAUCCGGUGAAGGAAAUAGUGGCGCUGGGUUUUUUAAAUCCCAGUCAAGGUAACCGCUUUUCUUGCUACUGCAGCAGCAUUUUGUGCCAACAGGGAAGUGCUGGGAAGGAAACUCAGGGGCGCUCUGCCACAGGGCAAGUUUGGGCAUCGCACAGGAGACCAAAGGCUCGAGGCAUCUGUCACCAUUUGGAUGCAGGGUGGCCUGAGCAUAACAUGCUGGUCACGUGGCACCAGCCAGACGUUACCCAAUUACCACCCACCAGGCCGUGAGAGGGUGCUGAGGCAGAGAGGCCUCAGCUCAAACUCCUCCUUAGUUGGAAGUAGAGCGGGCGGGAUACAAAAGGCCAAUUCCCAGCAGCUGGCAGUUUGGAAAUGGCUGGAAUCAGCCCUCCUGAAUUGCCAGGGCAGGUGUUCACCAAGAGUGAGCUGUCACUUGAAACAACACCCAAGUCACCAGGGAAAACCAGGCUGAGCCGGGAUCCCAGCACAUUUCUGGCUGCUCUCAGGGAGGGGCCAGGCGUGGGAGACCAGUGUCUCCCACGCCCUCCCAAUGGAAUGAAAAUUGCAGCGUGGCUCUUGUUCCAGCUGCAUGUUUUCUUUCCUGGAGAAGAUGUUUACUUGCAGGCUGGGCCUGACUCACGUCCUGCACCCCCACGGGAGACGCAUGCAGCAGAUACCCAACAGCACAGCGAAGGCCGUGGGGAGAACGUAUCCAUGUAUGCUGCACAGGGGGCAUGGGCUGAGUCUGACUCGACCCCUCCCAGAACUCCAGGAUCGGGCAUCGUGGGUGCGCCAGUGCUGGGCCACACGCAACAGAAUGGGCGUCUAAGCGAGGCCUGCCUCGGGCUGGGGCGUCCUGGGAGGGGCUCAGCCCACGCUUCUCUCCCUACAGGAGACGCCAGCAGACAGCUCCCCGUGGUGCAGGGCAACCUCAGUGUCUACCAGGCAAGGGAGGCGCCCCCAGCUGCCGGGGUUUUGGUUCCAGGCCUGUUCAGGAGCAACACAGAGACAAAUGCAGGCCCUCCACAGCAAGAAGCUGCCCUGCUGUACCAGAAGACACCCACACAGCCUCUCAGGGGGGCCCACACAACUCCAUGCCUCCUUAUCCACAGCAGGGUAGGCUAUGGGUGGGAGCCAUACAGGGGGCAGUACUUUGGGAGGCUUGCCCAGCAUGAGAUCCCUGUGUGGGAUUACCCCUUUGAACUGGUCAGAGACAAGCAGCCCUGCAACCCUGCAGGCACAUUUCAGACUGCCCCUCCACAGAGGUAUCCACCUGCCCAGCAGAGGAACAGGUGGUGUGCUGCUGAGCAGGGCAGCCCUGCACAGGGCUUCCCACUGGCUGGGCUUCCUCCUCCUGGAGGUGCUUUCCUGCUGCCCAUGAAGGCCAGUAACAGAGCAGGAGAGCCAGCACCGACCUUGCCCCCUGACAUCUGCAUCCUCACUCUUGCCAUGAUGAUCGCAGGCAUCCCCACAGUGCCCGUGCCAGGGGUCAGAGAGGAUGACAUGAUCCAAGCUGCAGAGAGCUUCAUGGCAGAGAAUCCGGAGCAGGGGGCAGCAGGAGAGGUUGCUCUGAAGAGGAGAGGGGACCUGCAGCUCCGCAAGAGAGACCGACUGAGAAAGAGGCCAGUCGACAGCGGCUUGCGGAGCCCACCUCCAGCUCUUGCCGCACAGCCUGGGAAGUGAAGCCAAGCAGAACUUCAAGGGGAAGGAAACAUGG